AUGAAGCGACGCCCCCUAAAUAAACACGACACCUCUAUGGAGACAGAGAUAUCUCGCUCACCGAAGGAAUGGAGAACGAGGAACCGAUAACUUCCGGGUCCUUGUAGGUGUGACACAGAGAUGGCGUUCUCUAUUAUUGUGGCUGCUGUUGCUGUCAUUCUGUUGAUAUUGCUGGUAGGAGUUGCUGUAACGGUAUUGUGGUGUUGCUGCAGAAAAAGAGUCCCCAAACACAAGAACCGUGAGGUACAGAGUGGAGUGAAUGCGGAAGAAAACCAAUACGAAACCCUUUCUGACGUCACUUCCGUGUCAAAAUCAGAAAAUUCGGGAUACCUGUACUUAAACUCCAUCGCAAGUGAUUACAAAAAAACGUCAGCAGAAACUCAGAUAGAGAAACUGUCUACCAACAACAACAAACAGAAGAAGGUCUUGGUCACCAAGACAACAGUGACCACAGAACUAAGCGUGGUUGAUCUCCCGGAAGGAGUUUCUGUGGAGACCGGGGAACUUCCGGUCAACUAUACACAGUCCGGAUACCUGAUUCCCGUCAGUGACGACAUCAAAUCCAGUAAAAGUUCACAGUCGUUAAAAUCGUACACUAAUUAAAUAAUACAAUAAAGUGGACUUAGAUUGAUAUGAUGAAAAGAUAUAGUUGAAUAAAUGUGUCCGAAAAUAACUUAAUUUAAAACA